GCUGGAUAAUGGGCUCUCUUUUCAUCGUUUUUCAACCUGGAGGCAACGUGAGGGAUGCCAUGUAUCCGAUAUUACUAAACAAAGACGUCAGGCUUGCAUUGCAGCGGUGAGACGAGCGGAUCGAGUUCUGUGCAAUCCCCAGCUUUUUGUUGGUUUGGUCUCCGCAUCUUCUUUCCUGUAGAAAGUGUGUGUGAGCUGAAUUGAGCAGCAUGGAUCAGUGUGAGGACAGAGAGGAGGGAGUCCCUCCCUCUAAAAGCACUCUGUGUGGGGAACAUGAGAGCCAGACCAAAGCUCAGAGGAACCCACCUGGACCUCCACCCAGCUCUGUGUCCUUUAAGAGUGACGCAUGUAAAGGUGGUCCCAUUAAUUUUAAAGGCCAGCCUGUGUCUGCUGCAGAGAGAGGUCAGAGGUCACAGUCUGCAGGGUCCAGCUGUCCAUCUGUGAGGAGCGACGUGUCCAAAGGUCACCCUCCAGACUUCAGUGGUGAACCUGGAGCAACGAGUAUUCUGUUCCAGCUGCUGGAGGACAACAUCAUCACUUUUGUGAAGAACGAGUUGAAGAAGAUCCAGAAGGCUCUGAGUCCGAAUAAGCCCCAGUGCUUGGAGUUUCAGAGGGAGGAUGAUGAGCAGAGGAGACACAGUAGAGAGGCAUUUGUGAAGAUCACAGUGGACUUCCUGAGGAGAAUGAAGCAGGAGAAGCUGGCUGACCGUCUGCAGAGCAAACUUCCAGCUUCAGUUUGUCAUCGUAACCUUAAAUUUGCUCUGAAGAAGAAGUUCCAGUGUGUGUUUGAGGGGAUCGCUAAAGCAGGAAACCCAACCCUUCUGAAUCAGAUCUACACAGAGCUCUACAUCACAGAGGGAGGGACUGCAGAGGUCAAUGAUGAACAUGAGGUCAGACAGAUUGAAACAGCAUCCAGGAAACCAGACAGACCAGAAACAACAAUCAGACAAGAAGACAUCUUUAAAGCCUCACCUGGAAGAGAUGAACCAAUCAGAACAGUGCUGACAAAGGGAGUGGCUGGCAUUGGGAAAACAGUCUUAACACAGAAAUACAGCCUGGACUGGGCUGAAGACAAAGCCAACCAGGACAUCCAGUUCAUAUUUCCAUUCACUUUCAGAGAGCUGAAUGUGCUGAAAGAGGAAAAGUUCAGCUUGGUGGAACUUGUUCAUCACUUCUUUACUGAAACCAAAGAAGCAGGAAUCUGCAGCUUCGAAGACUUCCAGGUUGUGUUCAUCUUUGAUGGUCUGGAUGAGUGUCGACUUCCUCUGGACUUCCACAAAACUACAAUCCUAACUGACCCUAGAAAGUCCACCUCAGUGGAUGUGCUGCUGAUAAACCUCAUCAGGGGGAAACUGCUUCCCUCUGCUCACCUCUGGAUAACCACACGACCUGCAGCAGCCAAUCAGAUCCCUCCUGACUGUGUUGGCAUGGUGACAGAGGUCAGAGGGUUCACUGACCCACAGAAGGAGGAGUACUUCAGGAAGAGAUUCAGAGAUGAGGAGCAGGCCAGCAGGAUCAUCUCCCACAUCAAGACAUCACGAAGCCUCCACAUCAUGUGCCACAUCCCAGUCUUCUGCUGGAUCACUGCUACAGUUCUGGAGGAUGUGCUGGAAACCAGAGAGGGAGGACAGCUGCCCAACACCCUGACUGAGAUGUACAUCCACUUCCUGGUGGUUCAGGCCAAAGUGAAGAAGGUCAAGUAUGAUGGAGGAGCUGAGACAGAUCCACACUGGAGUCCAGAGAGCAGGAAGAUGAUCGAGUCACUGGGAAAACUGGCUUUUGAUCAGCUGCAGAAAGGAAACCUGAUCUUCUAUGAAUCAGACCUGACAGAGUGUGGCAUCGAUAUCAGAGCAGCCUCAGUGUACUCAGGAGUGUUCACACAGAUCUUUAAAGAGGAGAGAGGACUGUACCAGGACAAGGUGUUCUGCUUCAUCCAUCUGAGUGUUCAGGAGUUUCUGGCUGCUCUUCAUGUCCAUCUGACCUUCAUCAACUCUGGACUCAAUCUGAUGCAAGAACAAACAACCUCUACAUGGUCUAAAUUAUUUGAUAAACCAAAACUCCAAUCUCUGCACCAGAGUGCUGUGUACAAAGCCUUACAGAGUCCAAAUGGACACCUGGACUUGUUCCUCCGCUUCCUCCUGGGUCUUUCACUGCAGACCAAUCAGACUCUCCUACGAGGUCUGCUGACACAGACAGGAAGUAGCUCACAGACCAAUCAGGAAACAGUCCAGUACAUCAAGAAGAAGCUCAGUGAGAAUCUGUCUGCAGAGAAAAGCAUCAAUCUGUUCCACUGCCUGAAUGAACUGAAUGAUCGUUCUCUAGUGGAGGAGAUCCAACAGUCCCUGAGAUCAGGAAGUCUCUCCACAGAUAAACUGUCUCCUGCUCAGUGGUCAGCUCUGGUCUUCAUCUUACUGUCAUCAGAAAAAGAUCUGGAUGUGUUUGACCUGAAGAAAUACUCUGCUUCAGAGGAGGCUCUUCUGAGGCUGCUGCCAGUGGUCAAAGCCUCCAACAAAGCUCUGUAA